UCGUUUUUAUUUUCCUUUUUAUACCAGGAGAUAUAAGUGGCCGUGUUGAUUCGAGCGUUACAGAAUCAAAGUGACAAUUCUACGUCGUUGGGAUUCUAGUAACGGAGAUCUUACGAGAGUUUGCAGGACUGUCUGUAGGAGAUACAGUCGUCAUCGUCGUCGUCAUCGUCGUCGUCGUCGUCGUCGUCGUCGUCGUCGUCGUCGUCGUCGUCUCAUCUUUAUCAUCUUAGCCUAGCGAGAAAUUUGACGAAGAACGUUCUUCGUUCUAGUUGACGGUAACGCGACUCGUGAGAGUGAAGAAAUCACGAGACAGCAGACAGUCCCAAGUCAACUCGAGAAGGCAGACCCGAAAGUACUACGUGAAAUCUGAUGAACGUGAAUCCAUUUGGAAAAUUAAAAUCUAAUCGUGUUAGACGCUCGAUCACAAAACUUUAUGCGAGAGAAACCAGAACGUCGUUAUGCGAUUAUGGCCUGUUGAUAAAUUCCAAAAGUUGAAGAUUGAAGCAUCAAAUAGAGAAAAAUGGUCUAUAGAGGUAGUUUGCAAACCGACGAUCCAAGAGAUGCACCGAAAUUGGUCAGAAUGUCGCCACUUAGAACAAGCAGACCGAACGGUCCAAUUUCUAAUACAACGACGAUUAAAAAUACGUAUCAUGGAUCUUACAUCGGUCCUAUCGAUGCUAAUCGUGCAAAGCUUAUCGAGGAGAGACGAUUGGUUCGCGAAAGAGAUAUCGAAUCGGUCGAGAAGGUGAUUAUGAGAACGACGGGUAUGAAAAUCGGUGCCCCUAAAUUACGUAAUAUCAGUCAAAUACGUGAAAGCGUAUUCAUCGAUCCAGCUUUAAUGCCGAUGGAUCAAAUCGGUAAACCCAACGUGAGGUGUCGUCCUAGAACAAUAGCGAUUGGAUUAGAUGAAUCCAACGUUAGAGUCAACAGGGUACAGAGUUCUAUGUUGGCUGAUUUGAAGGAUCUCGAAAGAUUACGGAAUACACCACCAUCUCAAAGAAAUCUUAAAGCUAUAAAGAAAUUUGAUAAAAACGAGAUGAGAUCGUCUACGUCUAACGCGAAAAAAAAUCCUACGUGUAAUUCGGGAAAAAUACGUUCUGAUUUAAUGAGAAUACAACAGAUGUUCCAAAUACCAGAUAAUAAUACCAAACCGACAUUGAGGAAUACUCAAGAGAGGAAGUCGAGGGUCGAGCUCGAGAAGGAUGAUAAAAAGUUUACCGGCGAGAUCAACAGGACACGUUUGCUGGCCCAAAAGCUCUUGGAGGCAUCUCGAAAUAACCGAGAUGCCUUGAAGGAUCGUUACGGUAAUACCAAGAACGCGUCCUCGAACAAACAACAUCAGACGAGAGAAGUUAAUGGUAAAGUCCCGUGUAAGCAGACUACCAACCAACAGAAUAACGUUGACUCGAAGCAAAUCAAAACGGAGAAGAGAAUCGAAACGUGUUUAAACGAAACGCAACAACCACGUCCACCGUUACGCAAGAGAAGAGACUCGAAGAAUCGGGUUAAUGACAAUACCAACGUUAAUCCUACGGUAAAUGAUAAAAACGAUAUUGCGAAGAAAAUAAUCGAUGAUAAAGAUAUUACGUGUUAUAAGAAUGAACUCGAAUAUAAUUACGUCGAAGUGAAUUCAAUUGUCAGAGAAGGUCCAUACGUUAUUACGAAGAAAAUAAUCGAUGAUAAAGAUAAUACAAGUUAUUCGAAUGAACUCGAAUAUAAUACCGUCAAAGUGAAUUCGAUCGUUGAACAGGGAUUGGAAAGACCGGAUAUAUUGGAUGGACUUUUGAAGGAAUCCAAUCGACAAAUGGCGAACUUAAAAACAGAUUUGUUAGAGGAUAGAGGAAGAUCGAGAAGCCAUUGGAGAGGAUUCGUACAAUCGAUGAGACUGCACGACGUUGAAUUACAUUCGGAUAGCGAGGAUCAACGAAAAGAUCUUAACCUGUGGAACAAGAGCAUCAGUCAACGUUGGAGAAAACUUAGAAGACGAUGUUCCGUACAGGAAACGUCGGAGCCGCAGGAGUCGUUGAUCCCAGGUGGUGGAACUCAAGGUGUCAUUCAUACCGUGAGAUCGACCCCAGCUAGUAGGGAAGCAUCACCGGCUGCCAAAAGUCUUCAGGAUGGUAGCUCGCCGAAGAAACUUUUGCAAACUAGUUCCCUAAGAUUGCCAGGUACUACAAAAGGCAUCGCGGAUAUUCAGAAUGUAUUAAGGAGCAAGUUCAGUAAGAUAAAUGCUGGAAUUAGAAAAAGGAAGGCACUGAGCGUGACCGAGGUAUUUUCGCAAAAGGACAAUGCCUCGAAUUUCUACGUACCGAGUCCAUUAACUUCCUCGACGAGUCAAAGCUUCGAUUCAGAACGUUUCGAUACAAGCGAGCCAACGUCUUUACCACCUUAUCCUUUUCACGAUACCUUGGAGACCUUGGCGGAAACUAGCGUACCGAAUUCACCUAACUGCAAGAGUCCUUUGACCGAUGAUUGUCCAAGUUUCGCAUAUUGCGAGAAUACCGAUUCUUACGAUCAUCAACUUCACGAUCAGGAUAAGAAGGACGUUUACGAGAACAUGGUGUUCAAUAAUUCUUCGUCAAGUUCCUCGAGCAGGUCAAAGGUAUCACUUUAUCGGAGUAAUUCGGAAAGUCGUGACAAUGUAAGAUCUCAGGAUCAUUCGUAUGAGAACGUACGUUAUCACAGAGGACAGAGAUCGGAGAUUGGUUCCCCUGGAAGUCCUUAUUGCGAUAGGCAAACCCUAGCAAGAAGUAAUUCCGAGACAAGGGGCGAUCAUCAUUGUUACGAGAACGUGAAUUUUCAGAAAAACGGAAAGAUUAGAAAUCAAUUGGAUUCGUCAUUCGAGACGAUUCAUAUACCUAGAGUUACGCCGAGAAAAAGGAUCACGGAUUUCAAGAUUGGCGGACAAGUUAGUAAUUAUUCGACCGAUUCGAGCGCCACCUCUAUCGUUGGCAAAGACGACGGACCCUCCAGUCUUGGGACCGAGAGGAGUCCUGGUAAAAAAUCAACGAGGAGGUUAAACAGCCGAAGCGUAGCUAACAUACCUAGCUCCUCUGGUGCUAAUUUGAAGACAUGGCAAGGCGCUCAGGAUACGGACGAAGGUCUUAACACGGACUCCGAAUUGGAGGACAUUGAUGAGGCUGGAGAAGGUGAAGAAUCAAGAUUCUGUACAUUACCUAGGCCUGGUAAAGGUGGUGCAUCCUUUACGAUAUUGACAGCCAGAUUUUUCAAAGGGCCUGGCCACAAAGGGCUUGGUUUUAGCAUCGUUGGUGGCACCGAUAGUCCGCGAGGUAACAUGGGAAUAUAUGUGAAAACUGUAUUCCCUAAUGGUCAAGCUGCCGAUCUUGGUACUGUCAAGGAAGGGGACGAAAUUUUGUCGAUAAAUUCGAAACCCCUUCACGGGAUGACACAUGCCGAGGCUAUUGCUGAGUUCAAGUCCGUCAAGGCUGGAGACGUGGUACUUCAUGUUGGUCGUCGUGUUAACAAGAAAAAACGAGAAUCGUUAACGUUACCACCGGUUGGUCCAUCGACACCUCGACAGCCAAUCAAAUGAACAAGAAAUUUCUUUAAAUUUAAUUCUUAUCCAUUUAUUUAAACGCCGAGAUAUUUCUUUAGCGAUAUCAAUUCUUUUCUCUUCUCUUUUCUUUCCUUUUCUUUUCUUUUCUUUUCUUUUCUUUUCCUUUUUUCUUUUGAUCUUCUUUUCCUUUUUUUUUCUUCUUUUAUUUUUUUCUCAAUCAUUUUUUUUCACUUUUUUAUUUUUUAUUUUCUUUUUUUUUUUUCUACGAUUUUUUUCAAAUCGUACGAAGAGCAAUAACUUUGUAUUAUUAUUGCUGGCAAUAAUAGAAAUGUGCCCGUGUUAAAUACAACAAUAUACAUUUUUUACUGAUGAAACAACGAGACUGCAAUUUUUGCAGGCUGAAAGACUGUAUUUGUGCUUUUAUUAAUGAAAUUCUAGUAGUAGGCUUUCUUUUUUCUUCUUUUUUUUUCCUUCUUUUUCUUUUUUUUUUUUUCUUUUUUAUCUUUUUAUUUUUUUAAACGUAUUCAAGUAACAAAAUUCUCAUAAUUGUAAGAUGCUCGUCAUUGUUAUAACACACUUCUCUUUGUUUUUCAUUGGGUUUUAAUAUGAAUCAUUCGAUUAAUUCAAUGAUAUUAUAUUCUAUACGAUAUAAAUGUCCCUUGAUGAUUCAGAAUAUUAUUGCAACGUGAUUAGAUUAAUAAUAAUAACGAAUGUUAAUGAUAGAAAAUGAACGAACGUGCAAAACAGAAGAAGAAAAGAUAAAGAAGAAAAAAGAAAAAAAAGACAAAACAAAUAACGAAAAAAAAAAACAAAAAAAAAAGCAAAUCAAACUAUGAUAAAGGCAUAUAUAAUCAUUUUGAAAGACAUUGAUGUAACGAUCAUAUAUAUAUAUAUAUACAUAUACAUAUAUAUAUGUAUAUGUAUAUUGUCUAUUAUAUUUGGAACAAUUAACGAAAUCGAAAUAAGUACGUAAAAAUCGAAGAUCAAAAUUUAUAAAAGUACUAUUUCUCUCUUUCUCUCUCUCUUACACUGUCUCCUUCUCUGUCUCUUUCUCUGUCUCUUUCUCUUUCUCUUUAUAAACAGGAAGGACCAAAAGUCAUUGGAUGAAUCAAAAGUUUUCUAAUCGAUAAAUGUAAAAAUCGAUUACUUCUUUUUCGAAACUUUUCAGACUUAUUUUUGUAUUUUUAUUUUUCUUUUUUUUAUAUUCCAAAAAUGACAAAACCAACGAUUGUAAAAAGUUACAAUCUCUAGUACGAGCCUAAUGAGUCUCCAGUCGGUACGAUGAUUAUUAAUUUUUAAAAGUCGCAUAAGAACUUUUGAACUAAACGACCUAUGAAUUAUUCUUGGCCCACCUUAUAUUUUUUAUCUAACAUACAUGUAACUCUACUAAACUUAUAUAAAUGAACGAACAUAUGUGUACGCACGCGCGCGCGCAAACAUAUCUUCCGGAAUCAAAAAAGAUUAGUAAACGUUCUCGAUCGUUCUCAGGGCAAUCGUAAAGAUCUUGAAAAGAAAAGAAAAGAAAAAAAAAAAAAAAAGAAAAAGAGAAAAAACAAAAAAAAAGAACUACUAUUUCGAUACGAAGUUUCGAACGAAGUGGAAAAGAAAAUUUUUAUUUUAUCUUUUCGAAUUAUGCGAUAUACGGAAAGCUAAAAUUUUUCAAUUCUGUAAAAUAAAUUAAAUAGACUCGUAGUAUAUCUUUUUAUUACUUUUUCUUUUUUUCUAUUUUUUUUUUUUUUCUUUUUUACUUAUUAGAAAAAACAUCGAAGAGAGAUUAAUUUUUCUUUUCUUUUUAUAUAUAUAUAUAUAUAUAUAUAUAUAUAUAAUACACAUUAGGAAGAUUUGCGAAGAGAUUAUUAUUUUUCGAUGACGUUUAUCGAGGCGACGAAAGUGAUAAGUGAAAAAAAAAGGGGGGGGGGGAAAGGAAAAGAAAAUGGAAAAAGAAAAAAAAACAGAAAAAAAAGAAAACAAAAAAAUCCGACCUCCUCAAAAAAAAAAAAAAAAAAAAAAAAAAAGAAGGAAGAAGAAAGAAAAAAGUUUUUUUUUCUAUAAUUAUAGCAAAGCAUUUUCCUUUGCGAGAGCCUGAUCGAAACAGGACAGAAUGUGUAUUAUCUCGUACCAAUAAAAAAGAAAAAAAAAAAAGAAAAAAAAACAAAAAAAAAAACAAAAAAAAAAGAAACGCUUGCAAAGUAAAGCUCACUCUACAUAUAAUACAUAUGUAUAUGCAAUAAUUCUGUGGAAUUUAUUUUCUAACGUUUAGAUUACGCAAAGAUCGCCCAAAGAUUAAACCCAAAAAAUAUUUUUAUUACGAAUGAAAAAUAAUAUGAAAAGAGAGAAGAAAAUAGCGUAUAAAAGAAUGAAAGGAAAAGAAAUAAACAAAAAAAAAAUAUCUCUACAUAUAUAUAUAUAUGUAUAUAUAUAUAUAUAUAUAUAUAUAUAUAUAUAUAUAUAUGUUAUAUUAUAUAUAAAAUAUAUUUUAAUGCGGAUCGAACGAGACACGUUUAUUUUAAGACGAAAUGUUGUUAGUAUCUAGUCCACUUGUAAUUAUUCCAUUUAGAAAUCUCUUCUUUUUUAUAUGCAUAUAUAUAUAUAUAUAUGGUGGCACAUAUAUAUAUGUGUAAUUAUAUAUUUCUUAUAAACAUAUACUUUCCAAGAGAUGUAAUAGCAUAAUCGAUCGAAUAUCGUUCAUAGAAUUAAGACGUCAACAUUGAUAAAGAAAGAAAGAAAGAAAGAAAGAAAAAAAGAAAAAGAAAAAAAAAAGGGAAAAAAAAAGAAGAAAACUAAUUUUUCAUGAAAACAUUAUUCUCAUGAAAGUUCUCUUGUGUGCUUUGUGAUUCGAUAGCGGGCUUUAAUCUUAAUUUAAAUAAGUAAAGUAAUUUAAGUAAUAACAUGUACUUCGUUUAUAGCAAUAUGUACAAUUUAUUCGUCCUACCUUUCUAUUUUCUUUUCCUCACUAUUUAUAGACGAUGAUUAUAAUGAUACAAAAGGCCGCGAGGGAGGAAAUGAAGGUUCGAGGUAUAGCAUUGUCUUCCGUAAUAAAUAAAAAGAAUAAAAAGGAAUAAAAAAAAAAAAGAAAAAAAAAAAGAAAAAAUAGUAAAAAGGAAGAGAGAGAAAAAAAAAAAAGAAGAAAGAAAUAAAA